UAUCCAGUUCUCACUCCGUAUAAAACCCCGUGCUCAGGCGAUCCUCGACCUCCGGGCCACACUCCGAGUCACCCCGCAUCGUCUCACCGGCGUUGACAACCUCAAAAUGGCCUCCAACUUCUCGAGCGUCCCCAUCCUCGACUGGUCGCUAACAACCUCUCCCGAUCGCAAACCCGAAUUCCUCGCGCAACUCCGGCACGCCCUGAUAAACGUUGGCUUCCUCUACCUCUCCAACCCGCCCGUCGCGCGUGCGGACAUCGACGCGGUGGUCGACUACGCGCCGCGCCUGUUCGACCUGCCACAGGCGGCGAAGGACAAGCUCCUAAUGGCGAACUCGGAGCACUUCCUCGGGUAUUCGAAGCUCGGCGCGGAGAUCACGAAGGGGAGGACGGACCAGCGCGAGCAGUACGACUUCGCCACCCCGUACGAGGCGAGGUGGAAGCCCGGCGAGCCGGAGUACCUCCGGCUCUGGGGGCCUUCGCAGUGGCCAGACGAAGAACUGCUCCCGGGCUUCAAAGAGACUUUCCUGCGGUACCUCGCGCAAGUCGAGAAGCUGAGCUACGAGUUCAUCGGCCUGCUCGCGGAGGCUUUCGGGCUGCCCAAGGAGAUCAUGAAGGGCUUCUACGAGCCCGACGGGCCGACGCCGCACCGCGCGAAGGUCGUCAAGUACCCGCCGCUGGACGACCUCGAGUCCAACCAGGGCGUCGGGCCGCACUUUGACGGAGGUUUCUUGACUUUCCUCCUGCAAGCGUCCCCGCACCCAGGCUUGCAGGUGCAGAACUUGUCUGGCGCGUGGAUCGACGCACCGCCGAUCCCAGGGACCUUCGUCGUGAACAUCGGAAAGGCGCUCGAGACCGUCACCCAAGGCCUCGCACGCGCGACAUCCCACCGCGUACUCUCGCCGCCCAAGGGCUCAACUCCGCGCUACUCCAUCCCCUUCUUCCAAAACAUCGCCCAGCGCAUCACCGUCAAGGACAUCAAGCUGGAGUUCAGCCCUGAGAUCCUGCAGCUGAAAGAGCAGCGCGGCGAAGUCGGCGCGACAGAUUCGGUCAACUACACAGAGUACGGCCUAUUACCCACCGGACAAGUCAACCUGAUCGGGCGUGUCAAGAGCCACCCAGACGUCGCGGAGCGGCACUACCCAGACCUCUUCAAGCAGUUCUUCCCGCACGGGCUGCCGGCGCAGGGGAGCGCCUACUAGGCAUACGUACCGAGGCCAUUUCACAUCCCGGGUUUUGGC